GAGACGUGGCUCGAGAGCCGAAGUUGGAAUCCUUGCCAAGUCCUACAUUGAUCAAGGAAGGCUUAUUCCAGAUGACAUCAUGACACGGCUGAUGCUGAAUGAGCUAAAAGGUCUAGAUCGGUACAACUGGCUGCUGGAUGGUUUCCCUAGAACAGUUGCUCAGGCACAAGCCCUGGAUAAAGAAUGUCAAAUAGACACUGUGAUUGACCUAGACGUACCAUUUGAAACCAUAAAAUGUCGUCUCACUGCUCGGUGGAUCCACCCUGCUAGUGGCAGAGUCUACAACCUUGAAUUCAGUCCUCCCAAAGUGCAGGGCAUUGAUGACAUUACUGGAGAGCCCCUUGUUCAACGAGAUGAUGAUAAGCCAGAGACGGUUACCAAGAGGCUGCAGGCUUAUGAUGCACAAACAAAACCUGUUCUAGAAUACUAUCGGGAAAAAGGGCUGUUGAAAUCCUUCUCUGGAACAGAAACUAAUAAAAUCUGGCCACAUAUCUAUACUUUCCUCCAAACCAAGUUGCCGGAUGUGAGCCAGAAAGAUGCUGCCCCUCCCAGGUGAAAUUAGGUCUAACUUCUGCUCACUGGUCAUAGCACACAAACGAUUACGCAAGAUUCAGCAAUCAAGGAUUACUCUUAAGUAGUGUACCAGACUGAUCAAUAAUUAAAGUCUACUGUUGUCCAUAAAUUACGUUAUGAUAAAACCA